CGCCAUUUUAGCCUUUUAAACCCCCCCUUUCAUAACAAGCUGGCCUGGCUGUUCAAUACAAGCUGAUAAUGACUGUGGUAUAAUCCGCGUAUUGCACCGGAACCGAACUACUGUCGCGGUAUCACUCCGCUGUGUUUACAUGAGCAAAUCCUACCACCUUUACAUUCAUUAUAAAGACACAGCUCUGUCAGGAUGGAUGCAGACCAGCUGUUUGAAGCUGAUAUGACAACUAAGGAGGAGGUUAUACUGAAAGAAGAAGAUGAGGAGCAAGAAGAGGAAGAGUGUGAGAUAAAUACCACUGACAUUUCCAGACAUGCAAUGGUGUCAGACUUGGAGCUGGAUGAACUUGAGGACAACAGGAAUGAAAUCAGUAAGGUUACAAAGAAGCAGACAACAUGGGCUGUGAACUGCUUUGUUGACUGGCUGGAGUCCCAGGGCCUCCAGGUGGACCUGAGGGCUUUGAAGAAAACUGAGCUAAACAGCUUGCUGAGACACUUUUAUGGUUCAGUGCGCAACAGCAAAGGCGAGCUGUAUGGGAUUGCGAGUUACAUCGCACUGAGAGCUGGAAUUAACCGUUACUUCAAAGAGCAUCCCGUCAGCCGGCCUGUGUGCUUGAUGAGAGAUGCCGAAUUCACCUCAGCCAACAAGGUAUUCAUGGGAAUGCUCAAGAGAAUUAGGAGGUCAGGUCGAGAUAUAACAUCACACCACCAGCCGCUGUCAGCUGAUGAUGUCCGCAUCCUCAGACACUCACAUGUCAUGGACACCAGCACUCCAAGGGGACUUCUUAACAGGGUCUGGUUUGAUAUACAAGUAUAUUUUGGUCGUAGAGGCAAGCAGGCCAACAGGAAUUUGAAGCCAGAUUCAUUUGUAAUCAGAAAAGAUGAGAGAGGACUGAGAUAUUGCACUUUAUCCUUCGGGGAUGAGAAAAAGUUUCAUAACGAGAAGGAUCGAUGUUCUAUGGUUGAGAAGCCAGGGAGUGAAUUCUGUCCCAUUACUUCUCUUUUAAAGUACCUCAGCAAGCUCCCAUCCAACGCAGCUGCCCUGUACUUACAGCCUAAAAAGGAGCUAACAGAUAAGAUGUGGUACAGCCACGUCCCCUUAGGAGUCAAUUAUCUGGGCUCAAUGCUGGCUCGAAUGUGUAAAGAAGCUGGCACAUCAGUCAUCUACACCAAUCACUGCAUCAGGAGCACACCCUUUCACCAACUGUGUGACACAGGCCUGGACAAGAGAGACAUAUCUGUUAUUCACAGGUCUGAAAGCUCCCUCAGGAGUCACCAGACGCCAACCCUCAGGAGAUGUAAGCAGUGGAGUGAGACAUUGCCAGAGAGAGAUUCAGCUGGCCCAGCAGGUCUGCCACCAGACAAGUGGGCACCCCUAACAGAAGUACACUCAAGUACACACAAUUUGCACAAGUGCUGCAAUGGAUUCAUUAUUGCAGUAAUUACAUUCCAAGUGAAUUAUGUAGAUAAAUGUCUGAGUGUGAAACUCUGAGUGAACUGACAUGAAAAUGGAUGUUGAAAGAUACUAAAGACAAAUUGAUUAUUCUUGGUGGAGGAACAAAAUAAAAUGAUCAAAACAAACUCAAAGCUUUUGUCUCUGCUGUAAAUAACUGAUGUUUAGAAUGUGUUUUGGUUACUAUAAUGUCACUCACAUACUUAUGCUGACAUCCUCAGAAGGUCUUGUGUUUAUAAUUUCUUGUGUUGCUUAAUUUCUUGUGUUACUUAAGAAAAGCAACACUAAACAUUGACCAUGAAGUCCUCCUUUGGACCGUCAGUAAUAACAUCUCACCUUAUUUUCACAUGUGACUAGUUAUGUCUUUAUUUUACAGGUUUGGAUUUAAACCAUGAGGAAUUUUUUGAGGAUGUUCCGUUUCUUCAGACUGCUGCAAACCAGAACUAUGUCCCAGAUGCUGUGCUGCCGCCUGGAGAGCCGUGGCUCCAUGGCAGCCCCACCCGAGCGGUGCUU